UAUCAAAUGUACUUUGCAUGAAGCUAAGGGUGACAUACCGCCUCAAUGCUCAUUUGGGAGGUGGAACUCAGCAGAGCUGGAUCUAUUUGUCCUACUGCUUCGGGGGAAUGGGAGUCAUAAGACCAGGGGAGAAUGGGACAUCUGGACCGGGCUUGCUACAUCCUAAAAAGACGGAGUGGUCAACAGAGAGAGAUUGGUGGUACACCCAGUACAGACAGUCAUCACAUUACCUGGCCCUCCUCUGUUUUCUACUGACCAUGGCCACACUCCUACAGACAUUUUACUUGGUGCAGAUCACCUUGGUCUUCCAAUCCCAGUCCGCCUUGCAGGAGGUCAGACUCAAAGACCUGACUCAGAAGCUGAACACCCUGAACCUCUCCUACCUCCUCCUCUUCCACAAGUACCCAGCACUCAACCAGUACUGUCCCAUCACCAAUAGCAGCACCAAUGAGCGUGAGUGCAGGCCGUGCCCAGAGGGAUGGGAGUCUUUUGGGGAGAGAUGCUACCUCUACACCCAUGACAGACUGGAUUGGAUUUCCAGUCAGUACCACUGCCUAUCUGUAGGGGGCAACCUUGCCAUGGUGAAGAGUGAGGAGGAGCAAGUAUGA